GGGGUGACGGGGGCGUGGCCUGGCGCAUGCGCGCGGCGGCGGCCCUGGCGGUCGGGUGUUCGCGCCAUGGCGGGCCCGGGCCUGGUGGCCGGUGAGGUGGUGGUGGACGCGCUGCCCUAUUUCGACCAGGGCUACGAGGCGCCGGGAGUGCGGGAGGCGGCCGCGGCGCUAGUGGAGGAGGAGACGCGGCGGUACCGGCCCACCAAGAACUACCUGAGCUACCUCCCCGCGCACGACUGCAGCUCCUUCGAGACCGAGAUCAUGCGGAACGAGUUUGAGCGCCUGGCAGCGCGGCAGCCCCUGGAGCUGCUGAGCAUGAAGAGGUACGAGCUGCCAGCCCCUUCCUCUGGGCAGAAGAAUGACAUCACGGCCUGGCAGGAGUGUGUGAACAACUCCAUGGCGCAACUGGAGCACCAGGCUGUCCGUAUCGAGAACCUGGAGCUGAUGUCGCAGCAUGGCUGUAACGCCUGGAAGGUCUACAACGAACACCUGGUUCACAUGAUAGAACAAGCCCAGAAAGAGCUUCAGAAGUUGAGGAAAAACAUUCAAGAUCUGAACUGGCAGCGAAAGAACAUGCAGCUCACGGCUGGGGCUAAGCUGCGAGAGAUGGAGUCUACGUGGGUGUCUCUUGUCAGCAAAAACUAUGAGAUUGAACGGACCAUUGUGCAGCUGGAGAAUGAAAUUUCACAAAUUAAACAGCAGCAUGGGGAAGCAAACAAGGAGAAUAUCCAGCAGGACUUCCAGUGAUUCAUCCUUACUGGCUUGCAGCAGUGUAUGCCGGAACGUGGGAACCUCCCUGCGGUUCUGUAUAGUGGUGAAAAGGCAUCGUCCUUGUUUCUUGUCUAGGUGGAAGCAGGGAAAGCUCCAGCUCUCCGAUUCACAUGGAUUACGGGAGAGUUCAGCGUACUGGGAAUUGUUUCACUUUUUGUAUAUGUAAAGUUGUAGCCCUUAAAAAUCUGUUUCAUUGGUUUGCAUCCCCCUGUGUCUUUAAUAAACGAUAUUUUAUUUCCA